AGUUCAAUGGCGGAGUCUACAAGUUUGAGCUUGCCCCGAUAAUUUUUGCUUGGACUGCAAAAAUUUCACACGCAUAAUUAAUCAUAAUGGCUUUAAAAGAUUUUGCCUAUGUUUGCGAUUCUAAGACGUAACAUUCAGCUUUCCGAGGCCGGUUCAACUUGGUAUACUUAUCGACGACUGGUUUGGCGUUUGAACAUCAUGGCGGAUGCAGGCGGAGAGAAGCCAUUUUUGGUGGAGUAUGCUCCGCAGGGAAGGGCCAAAUGUAAAACUUGCAAGCAACAGAUUGAGAAGAGUUCGACUCGAAUUGGAAAGUUGGUUUCAAAUCCGUUCAGCGAAGACGGUGGGAUGAUGAAACAAUGGUACCAUGUUCCCUGCAUUUUUGAUGCAUUGUCCCGGGCUCGAGCGACAACGAAGAAAAUCGACGGCACUGAUGAUUUGGAUGGAUUCGGCAACCUCAAGGAUGACGAUCAAGCGAAAAUCGUAAGCCUAAUAAAAGAUCUAGCAACCAAAAGCUCUUCUUCACCAAAAAAGAAAGCUGUCCAAGCUACUCUUCCCUUUGGUAAACCAAAGACCUCUGCUGCGUCAAAGUCGACUUCAGUGGAUAUUAAAAAAGCUGCCGGUUCUGGUGAUGGUGGUGACAGUUCUUCUCCAGUCAAGGGUGGUAAUGAUGAGAAUGGCAAGGACAAUUCUUUUAGAGAGUUCCGAAGGAUCUGUAUUAAACUUGCUGAGGAACCAAGUUACAAUGCUAAGAGCAAGAUUUUGUCUGAUUUCUUUGAAAAGGGCAGUUCUGGAGAUCCAUUUACCGGGGACAUUACAUUAUGGGUGAAGAUGUUACUGCCAGGGGUAAACAAGAGGGUGUACAACUUGCAGAGCAAACAACUCGUUAAACUCUUCAGCCAGAUUUUUGGCUGCAGUCAAGAUGACAUGAUGACAGACUUAGAACAGGGUGAUGUGUCAGAGACUGUGAGCACAUUUCAUGAGAGCAGUUCUUUGAUAAAACCUCUCAAGAAAAGUUUACUUUCUUUACAAGACGUUGAUGCUUUUCUUGAUAAACUCAAGACUGUGACAAAAGAGGAUGACCAGCAAAGGGAACUUGCUAAAAUCACAAGGAGGUGCACUGCCAAUGACUUGAAAUUUGUCAUUCGUCUGAUCAAACAUGAUCUUCGAAUGAACACUGGAGCAAAACAUGUUUUGGAUGCACUUGAUCCGAAUGCCUAUGAGGCAUUUCAAGCAUCUAAUAACCUCAGUGAUGUUGUACAGCGUUGCCUGCAAAAGAAAGAAGCCAAAGCAAGUGUUUUACCAGGAAUGAGCAAAAAACUAAGCAUCAGAGCUUCCUUGAUGACUCCUGUCAAACCAAUGUUGGCAGAAGCUUGUAAGAGUUUUUCACAAGCAUUGAAGAAAUGUCCAAGUGGAAUGUAUGCAGAGAUAAAAUAUGAUGGAGAGAGAGUUCAGCCCUGGCCUGAGUCCAGAGAAGAAAAGGUUCACAAGAGUGGCAGUGAGUUCCAGUUUUUUAGCCGCAGCCUCAAACCUGUUGUUUCACAUAAGGUCGCCCCUGUUAAGGAUUACCUCCCAAAAGCCUGUCCCCAUGGAAACAGCCUAAUACUGGACAGCGAGGUUCUACUAGUGGAUAACAAGACUAGCAAACCUCUUCCGUUUGGAACUCUGGGCAUCCAUAAGAAAUCAGCAUUUAAAGAUGCCAGUGUGUGUUUAUUUAUCUUUGAUUGUCUCCAGUUUAAUGAUGAAAAUCUUAUGAAAAAGAGUAUGAAAGAGAGACGACAAGUUUUGGAGAAGAAUGUCACUGUCAUCCCAAAUAAAAUCAUGUUAUCAGAAACAAAUUUCUUGAAGACAGAAAAAGAACUGUCAAAGUUAAUGUCAAAAGCCAUGAAAGAGGGCCUUGAAGGACUCAUGCUCAAGGAUGUUAACGGUAUCUAUGAACCAGGAAAGCGACACUGGCUGAAGAUGAAGAAAGAUUAUCUUGAAGAGGGUGCCAUGGCAGAUACUGCUGACUUGGUGGUACUGGGGGCUUAUUAUGGCACAGGGAACAAAGGUGGGUUGAUGUCAAUCUUUCUGAUGGGAGUCUGGGAUCCAGCAACUAAACAGUGGUGUACAGUGGCCAAGUGCGGCAAUGGUCAUGAUGAUAAGACCAUUGAGAAACUCAACAGAGAACUUAAAAUGAAGAAAAUCAGCAAGGACCCUUCCAAGGUUCCUUCCUGGCUAAAUAUCCAUCGCAGUUUGGUUCCUGACUUUAUUAUUGAGGAUCCAAAGAAAGCCCCAGUGUGGGAGAUAACAGGAGCAGAAUUCAGUAAAUCAACCACACACACUGCGCAUGGAAUAUCUAUUAGAUUUCCUCGUGUGACACGGAUCAGAGAUGACAAGGACUGGAAAACUGCAAAUGAUUUGCCACAUCUGAAGGUUUUAUUCGAGAACUCGAGAGCUUCAACCAAUAUAGCAGACUUGGAAAACAAUGAUGACGAUGACGAUGAUGGAAAUGAUGAUGGUGAUGACAUAAAGGACGAUGGUGACGACCUUCCAUCAAAGGAUGAGGAGAUGAAGAGUGAAACAGUAACUGCUGAGACACCGUCUAAAGCUAAAACAGAAACAAGAAAGAGAAAAGUAGUGGAUUCUGAAGAAGGAUCGCCUAAUAAAAAGUCGAAGCCGGCCUGCAAGUACGGAUCAAAAUGCUAUCAAAAAAACGAGGAUCACCAUCAGAGAUUCACUCAUCCACAAGACCUUGAGAGCGACGUUAGCCCGAGUAAGCAGAUGAUUUUGAAGGAUGUUUUUCGUGGACUGACGAUAUUUCUCUCAAAAGAUCUCGAGGACUUGGCAAAACUCAAAAGAUAUGUCAUUGCUUACGACGGAGAUUUGGUGGAGGAGUUUGAAAAGGCGAGUGCGACUCACAUUGUCAUUGACACCAAGGAUGGUCACACAGUGGAAGGCUCGGCCAGCCUUGUUACGCCAGCAUGGAUUUGGAAGUGUAUCAAAAAAGGACGUGUCGUGUCCGUAAAUAAAUUUACACUUUGAAAUGUGUUGGUGAAGAUUCCACUGCAAGUGACACAGUAGAAGCCGGAUACUCGAGCUGAAAAUACCAUAUUAAUGUCGGAAGUAACUCCGUGGAGAUGAUUGCGGAGUGGAGUGUUUCUGAUUGGUUGUUGAAUUUUCGCGCCAAAAUAACAGCCAAUCAGAUGUUACACGGAUCAGUGCACAGCUUCCCGAAUUUUUGGGAUUUAAUCUCAGAAGUUACUUCAGAAAAGACACUUCAGUACGAGCGAAGGACACGUCUGUUAAACGAGACUGGGAAUUAAUUGAUAUCGUAACAUAAGAAUUUAUUUAUUGUACCAGACUGAAUACCCUCUAUGUUUGUGCGAAACCCAACAGAUGCGAAGCGAAAUUCCACACAAUACAAGCCACUUGUACGACACAUGGCCGAAGUUUAUGCAAUAAACACAUUAAAUUCUAACAUUG